CUGUGGUCAAGCCCAACGGCAUGCUCGAGCAAAGGGUGUCUUAGGAAAAGGGAUUUGGUCAACAGCUUGCACAUUCGUUAGGGAGCUGAUCUAUGGUUAAGGUUGAACUAGCUUCCUGUUAAGCCGAUGUUACCAUCUCAUGACUUCUUUUUGCCACAUUCCAGACAUGCUGAGAUGGGAAAGAUUGUGGUGAAACACAUUGAAUACGAGUGUUCUAACCGUCAGUCCUCAAAUGUUGUUUGGCCUGUAAAAGUUGCGUCUGGACACAGUCCUCUUGGCAGCUGGAAUUUCCCACGCUGGAUGGUAUAGCUCCUGCAGCAAGGAAACAUGGCCCACUAGCGUUUCCCAGGACAGGGCCAGGUUUCAGGAUGGCAGCCCAGAGGAUUCGUGCAGCCAACUCCAGUGGCCUCCCGCGCUGCAAGUCCGAGGGGACGCUGAUCGACCUCAGUGAAGGGUUUUCAGAAACCAGCUUUAGUGACGUCAAAGUGCCUUCUCCUAGUGCCUUGCUGGUAGACAAUCCCACGCCUUUUGGAAAUGCAAAGGAAGUUGUAGCAAUCAAGGACUAUUGCCCAACUAACUUCACAACCUUAAAGUUCUCCAAGGGUGACCACCUCUAUGUCUUGGAUACCUCGGGAGGCGAGUGGUGGUAUGCUCAUAAUACCACGGAAAUGGGAUACAUACCUUCCUCUUAUGUCCAGCCUGUAAACUACCGCAACUCUUCCUUCACUGACAGUGGCAUGAUAGACAAUCUGCUCGAAAGCCCUGACGAAGGAGAACGAGAGCUAGAUCUGCUUGGAGAGUGGACUGACGUAAAGAGAAACUCUGCCAACACCUACAGUAACAACCCUUUCUUAAAUGGGGUCCAAACCAACCCGUUUCUGAAUGGGAACUUGCAAAUGACGCCCAGCUCAGACAAAGAGUGCACCCCCAAAACAACUGUGGACUUACUGCUGUUUGACACGGCUCCUCCGUUUACAGGGGCCAGUUCUGCAAUGAACAACAGCAUAAGUAACAUCUUCGUUGAACUUCCAUCCACAAAUGGAUUGGAGUUCGAACAGCCUGUGAGGCGGGACAAUCCCUUCUUCAGAAGUAAACGCUCAUACAGUUUGUCAGAGCUGUCUGUCCUUCAGGCAAAAUCAGAAAUGCCAGCAUCAUCGGGGUUUUUUACUGGAUUAAAAUCGCCUACCCCAGAGCAGUUCCAGAGCAGGGAAGAUUUUAGAACUGCCUGGCUGAACCACAGGAAGCUGGCACGGUCGUGCCACGACUUGGAUUUGCUUGGCCAGAAUCCUGGCUGGGGUCAGACACAACCUGUGGAGACCAACAUCGUCUGCAAGCUGGAUAGUUCUGGUGGAGCAGUUCAGCUCCCAGAUACUAACAUCAGCAUCCAUGUGCCAGAAGGACACGUCUCACCAGGGGAGACACAGCAGAUCUCCAUGAAAGCCCUGUUAGACCCACCCCUGGAGCUCAACAGUGACAAAUGCAGCACCAUAAGCCCGGUGCUGGAGAUUAAACUGAGCAACAUGGAGGUAAAAACAGUUAUCAUGUUGGAUGUGAAAGUGUCGGCGGAGGUCAAGAAUGACAUUGUGAGUCAGAGCUUGGUGGGAUUACAGUGCCUGCGGAGUGACACAAAAGAAGGACCCUAUACACCAAUACAACUCAGCUAUUCCUAUGGAGACACGAUACAGGUGCAAUUGGAUAACCUGGAACCUUGUAUGUAUGUAGCCGUUGUAGCCCAAGGACAGAAUGUCAUAUAUCCUUACACUGUCUGGGACUAUAUCAGUAAAAAGAUCACAGUGGGUGUCUAUGGUCCCAAACACAUCCAUCCUUCUUUUAAAACCAUAGUGGCUAUUUUUGGACACGAGUGUGCGCCAAAGACUCUCUUAGUGACCGAGGUUACACGGCAAAUCCACAGCGUGGCGCCCGUGGCCCUGCAGCUGUGGGGAAAGCACCAGUUCACUCUGGCCCAGCCGCAGGACCUGAAACUCUGCAUGUUUUCCAACAUGACUAAUUAUGAAGUGAAGGCCAGUGAACAAGCCAAAAUCGUCAGAGGAUUCCAGAUGAAGCUGGGAAAAGUCAGCCGCCUCAUCUUCCCAAUUAUGUCCCAUGACUUCAAUGAGCUCUCAGACUUCACGUUGAGGAUACAGGUCAAGGAUGACAAGGAUGCCAUAUUGACCCAGUUCUGUGUGCAAACACCACAGCCACCUCCUAAAAGUGCCAUCAAGUCCACUGGGCAGAGAAGGUUCCUCAAGAAGAAUGAGAUUGGGAAGAUCAUUCUGUCCUCCCUCGCUGCCACUAGCAGAUAUCCUGUCUUUCAGGAGCGGCCAGUUGUGAGCCUGAAGUACGGCAAACUGCUUAAAACUGUAGUGCGCCAAAACAAGAACCAUUAUUUACUGGAAUAUAAGAAAGGGGAUGUCAUAGCGCUGCUCAAUGAAGAGAAGAUCAAACUGAAAGGCCAGCUGUGGACCAAGGAAUGGUACAUUGGCUACUACCAAGGAAAAAUCGGCCUUGUUCACGCCAAAAACGUGCUAGUGGUUGGGAAAGUCAAGCCCAGCUAUUUUUCUGGACCUGAUCUCACCACCAGUGCAUUGCUUGAGCAAAUCCUGAGGCCUUGCAAAUUUCUGACCUACAUCUACGCCUCAGUCAGGACUCUGCUUAUGGAGAACAUCAGCAGCUGGCGCACGUUCGCAGAUGCCUUGGGAUACACGAACUUGCCACUCACUUUCUUCUGUCGAGCAGAACUAGACAGCGAGUCGGAACGGGUAGCCUCAGUUCUGGAGAAGCUGAAAGAAGACUGCAAUAAUACCGAGAACAAGGAGAGGAAAUCUUUCCAGAAAGAGCUAGUGGCGGCCUUGCUGAAAAUGGACUGCCAGGGGCUGGUUGUGAGGCUCAUUCAGGACUUUGUGCUCCUGACCACAGCCGUGGAAGUGGCUCAGCGUUGGAGGGAGCUGGCAGAGAAGCUAGUCAAGAUCUCCAAACAACAGAUGGAUGCCUACGAAGCCCCCCACAGAGACAGAAAUGGAGUUGUGGACAGUGAGGCCAUGUGGAAACCAGCCUACGACUUUCUGCUAACCUGGAGCAAUCAGAUUGGAGAUAGCUACCGAGAUGUCAUCCAGGAGCUGCACAUAGGGCUGGAUAAGAUGAAGAACCCCAUCACCAAGCGCUGGAAACAUCUAACAGGGACCCUAAUCCUAGUCAAUUCCUUGGACAUACUCCGUGCAGCUGCCUUUAGCCCUCCAGACCAUGAAGAUUUUGCCAUCUGAUGGCAGGGACUCUUGACGUGUUUAACUCUUCCUGGUUUUAGCAGAGGAGAAAAAACAGGUGGGAGCUGACAAAAGGCCAAAGUUUGAACGUUCGCUCUGGAACUGGAAUUGCACAGUGAAGCAGGACUUCUUUUGAGUGUUCUCCCUCGUGUAGAAAGAGUCCAGAAGAUCUGGGGUUUCUCUGUUGGGGGGUUGAUACCAGUUACACAACUUCCUAUUUGUAAAGUUUAACAGUGGGUGGGGGAGAGCCCAACACAUUUUUUUAAGACAUUUGCAAAUAAAUAUCUAAUUUUUUAAAUGAGCAGCAGAAGCUGAAACCACUUUGGGAGAAUUGUUUCAUUUUUAUGUUGUGUAAGAACUUUUUUAAAUGAUCACUUCUGAAAUUGACCAUGAAUCAUGUAAAUAUGUAUUUAAAACAAAGCACAUUGUGAAUCUCUCCUUUCCCUUCCCUCAAACCCCCUCACCCUGACCCCUUACGAGGUUUUCUAUAGUGAGAGACUCUGGAAUCACUGUUUUAUAUUCACCAUUGCAGUAACUCUGAACCGCCUACAGCCCUGAGAAAAUGUUACAAAGAAAAGCAGUUGUACUUUUUUUUCCCAGUAGCUCUCUGUGAUCUGUUUUUUAUAUAUAUACUUUUUCUAAUGUCUAGAUCUGGAAAUACACAAUACCUAUUUUUUCAAAUGUACCACUGCAGUUCUUAACUUGAAGGGUCAGUGCUGCCUUUAGCACUCAGGGAAAGGGGGACGUCCCUCCUGCCUGCUGUUACAAUUAGCAUUCUGGAAGGAGCUGAAAAGAUUUCUGGUUCAGUGGCGUUCCCACCCUUUCUUCUUCCCUCUUUUGCUUCUUUAGGGGCAUUAACUACAAAGGUGCCAGUCUCCUUGAAGGUAACUUUUCUCUCUACUGACUGCUCUGUACUGCAAUAAGAGCAUCUUGGUGAUCUCUGCUGGGGACCGGCAUGCUCCAGAAGUGGUCAGGAAACAUGUAUUUGACAUCGUUUUAAAAAAUGUCUUUACUAAGUUGGGAUCUGAUUCAAAGCUUAUUGGAGUCCAUGGGAGUUAUUACGUUGACUUAGGUGCCAUUUCAGUCAGGCCCUUAAAGUUUAGGGUCUGAUCCAAAGCCCAUUAAAGUUGGUGGUGAGACUGCCAGUGACUUCCCUGAGCUUUGAAUAAGGCCCCUCAAGGCUACUAAGCUCCAGUCUGCCAUGUAAAUAAUCCUCGGUCAGAGAAAUGGUUCAACUGAGCUGAAAUCUUACCCCUUCCGUGGUUCCUUCACAUGCAACAUCAACUACCUUUUUAACAGCCACCUCCCUUUUUGAAUGCUCCUCUCUCCCUCCACCUUUGAAAUAUUUCACACAGGGGAAAACAUAUUUUUGCACAGAAGGAAGAUUUUUUUUUUGAGUGUGAAAUCACAUAACACAAUAACAAUCUCCCGUGCCAUGGAAAACUGAUGAAAAAGUUCCCAGUUUCUGCUGGGUUGAUCACUGCGAUUGGAAGUCUGUUUUUAUUCCUUGAGCUUUAUAUGGACGAGUGAGAGGUCGGUGUGACCUUGCUAGAAGCAUCAUGGUCUUGUAUCGACUGAUCCAUGAUCACAGGUUGUCAGGAGAUAAUGGCACAAUUCUUUUUUCUCCAUUGUCAAGCAUAGGAGGCAACAGCUGGCAUCAAUCAUCCAUCUGUCAGUGGGUUUGCUCUGAGCAGUUUGGCUGGCUUGCAUCACAGGGCCAUCUCAUCCAGUGUCUAAAAUAAAAACUGCUUGAUGCAGUCUGCCUGCACCCCGCGACAGGCAAGCCAUAGAAGUACUCUUGUGAUCCCAAGUGACUUGUGGAUCUGGGCAGGCACUGCCAGAAUCUCCUGAGUAGAGCGACAAGUGAGACACGUAUGGCUUCUGGGAACCCCACUCCUCCAAAGAACGGAGACAUAGUGUAAUGGAGAUUGUGCCUCUAAUUUCCCCUCCAAAUGUCACCCUGAAAGAAUUUCCCUUAGAAACAAGUCUCUCUCUAAUGAAGAAUAGCACCUUAAUAUCAUGAAUAUUCUCUUCAAGGGCUUUAAGGUAUUUCUUAUGCAACUUUAUUAUAGCACAAAGUUGAAACCUGGCAGGCAGUAAUGCUCACAUGCGAGGUCCUUUUUUUUUAAAGGAACAGACCAGCUUAAAUUUUUUUUUUCAUGCACCAACCUGAACCCUAUGUGGAAAUGCUGGAAUACCUUGUAAUGGAAGCCGAAGUUCAGUGCAUUCCAAAAGCAGAGAGCAGACCUGCCUAAAGGGUUCACUCUGCUAAAUGACGCCGUAUGCGUCAGCAGAGGGCUUGUAAGUAUCUGCUCAAAGCACAGACUUGUUGCGUUCUUCACCAAGCUGUUGGCUUUAGCUGAUCCUGCCAGUGGGUCUGCAGAGGCCUGGGCAGAGCUUGCUGAAUCGCUUCAAUGAGGGCUUUGCACAGGGAUCUAGUUCGAGAAUUAGGGUCUAGCCUACUGCAGCUGAAGACAGUGGGGAGCCAGGGUGGUCUUAUUGCUCUUACAGCAGCGUUUAAUCUACCAGAUAGAUGCUUUAGCACCCUGGGAUUCUUACAAGAUGGGAAAUUACUGGCUAGUUUUGUUUUCCCAGAUUUUCUGACUACCUCAGGUCUUGUACACCCAGCUGGACAUUUCAGCGGAAGCCGAAAGCCACCAUUCUACUCCAACCUCAUCUGUUCUUUCCCCUCCCUGAGAAUCAUUUGAGCCCAAACAACUGCAGUGGUUCGGAAUGAGUCCAUGUAAUCACUACGUGAUUCCCUCCCCCCCCUUUAAUUUAAAAAUCAGCCUCUUUUCACAUGUUAAAAUCCACGUGCUGUUCAAAUGCCUUUCACCCACCAGUCUCAGGCCCUGCUUUGGAGCCUUGGUCUGGAUGUUGCAUUGCUUCGGUAUGUACAGCAAUUGUUUAUUGUACUUAACAGCUAAUGUUUUUUAAAAAUCUUCUGAAAAAAUAUUACAAUUAAAGCCGUU